AUGGCAAAAAAUCGAAUUAAACAUUUGUUAAGAUGCACAGUUUUAGUUGAUAAGGGACAAACUUUUGAUAAAACUGUACAUCUCGAGAAGCGCACUGAAGGUUCUAUCCGUACCCCUUCACUCUGGAUGACAUCAGACAAAACUAUACUGCAUGCCCGUUUCACAGGUAACUGGAAUGUCGGAAUUGGCGAGACUGUUACUCAGCUUUCGUUGAAUAAAUGGCAUCAUAUAAGUUACACCCUUUCUGAUUCCGAAAAAAGAUUAGACAUCUACAUAGAUUGUUUAUGGGCCGGAUACUAUGACAUCCAGAAUGUUCAAAGCGCAAAAGGUUCUGUUUAA